AUGUUCGCAGGGAGUGGGGGUGAAGCUUCAGUUAGAAGUCAGUUCUUUAGAGACCAGAGGACACAGUGGGAAGAAGGCCUGUUUGUGGGUGGUGUGGGUGAAGCUUCAAUGUGUGGUCCAAUCUCAUCAGGUUCCAGAAGACACACACAGGGGAGAAGCCCCCUGUCUAUGGGGAGUGUGGGCAAAGUUUCAGAAGUCCUGUCUCAGCAGACAACAGAAGACAAACAGGGGAGAGGACCUAUGUUUGUGGACAGUGUGGGGAAAGUUUCAGUGAGAAUCCCAUCUCAACAGAAGACAGGGGAGAAGCCCUAUGUUUGUGGGUGGUUUGGGUGA